CACACAUACACACACAUCACAACGCCAAACAUUACUACAUGAAUAUUCACACAAACACACAGAGGCUGUAAGCAGGUUUGUAAUUCACCCCUCCUGAUCAUGACUUGUGGAUGUUUGUCUGGCCGCAUCCUUCUCACAGUCAUAGUCUUUAGGAACCCGGAGGUCGACCACAGAUGUUUUACACCAUGUCAGCGGUGACCAAUCAGCCUCUUCCCUUCGGCCGACUGGAGCGAGAGAAGCACAUCCAGAUGAUCUUCAAAGCUUUCCAGAACCGCUGUGGGCCUUCGUGUGAAUGCCACACUCACUCCCCUGGGCCCAAACACACCCAAACACCUCCUGACUGGAAAUCUGAUGGGCAGCUGUCAUGUCUGGCUUCUGGGAGGAUGAUGGAAAACGGAUUCCUGCAGCCACAAGGGAAAGAAGGUGUGCCAGGGGUGGAGGAGCCUGGAGGUGCAGCAGGAUCACACUUCAUGUCUGUGCUGGAAACAGUCAGUCAAAUACACAUCACUGCCAGACCAGAGCUGCAAGGUCCACAAUGUGUUCCCAGGAGGAUCUACAGUAUCAGCACAGGAGGCCACAAGUCACAGUUGUUUGUGGCUGUGGAAGAGAGUUCCUGUGUGUGCCUCCAGUGUUGCGGUCCAGCUCGAGCCUGUUCCCUGCAGGGGUUCGAUUGUCAAGGCCGGCAGGUCUUUUAUUUUGAAAGGCCCCUCAGGGUGGAUGCCUGCUGUCUUGGCUGCUGCCUGAUGGAGAUGAGGGCCUACACACCUCAGAAACAACUCAUAGGCACUGUGUUUCAGAGGUGGAGCAUGUUCACCCCUCUCCUGGAAGUGUGUGAUUCAGAAGGAGCAUCGACCAUCAGUAUCCAGGGCUCCUGCUGUCCAUCCCGAUGCUUCUCUAACCAGCAAUUCCAGAUUGUCUCCAACAUUGGGGAGAAAAUGGGCACGGUAUGGAAGAAAUGGCCUGGCUUCAAUGACGAUCAUAACAUGGACCAUGAAUAUUUUGGGUUGGAAGUGCCACUCCGUAUGGAAUCACACUCCAAACUAAUGCUGCUUGCAGCCACUUUCUUAUUGAAUUACAUGUUUUUUGAAAUGAGCUGAUCAGUGAAAAGGAUCAAUCGAGAGGUAAAUUGACAUUGUUGCUACAGUGUCAGUGUGUGCUAUAACUGAUGAGACACACCAGAGAGGUCAGUUGAUGGUACAAGAAACCACAUCAGUGAAGUGUAUUUAUAAAGAAACAGUCAAGGAAGAAUGAUCCCGUUAAAUGCUGAACUUCAACAAUUCUGUUUCAUUAAAGAGAAAGACACUGAACCAGAUUUAGCAGCAGAUGCAUAUUUGACAUUUAUUGCUAUAUUCCAUCAGGCGCACAUCCGAAUGUGUUCUUCACGUUUGAGACACACAUGCCUGCACCCACCAUCAUACCCACAAACACUGGCAGCAUUACAGUUUUUCAACAAACUAUAGGCGCUUUCUUGGCAUGGUUCCAAAAAAAUGCUCCCGAGAAUUGAUAAAAACUGUAACAGACCCUGGGCCCAGUUUCAUUUUUUUAUACUACAAAAUGGAAAGGAGUGAAGGUCAGUGUUCAACACCUGUACACCUUUGUUGAGGACAUUAAAGCAGAACCCAUCCCUUGGAUUGUUUAAAGGCAGGAUGAAGACGUGACAGACAGAAGGGAAAACUGGUUCAGGCUCGAGGCCAGGCACAGUGAUUUAGGCAGCUUGGCAGUCCAUUCUUAAGAUGCCGGUUAUACAACCUUCUGCCCAACACAGGAUGCUCCUCAUCCUUUGGGAUUAACUUUCAGGUAAAGAUGAAGAAUCGUUGCUGAUUCAGUUAAGCAAUCUUUGAAGUGGACUGUAUUUACAAAUAUAUCGUACACAAUAAUAGUAUUUUUCUGGUUCGAAAUGAUCAGACGAAUUGAAGUUAAAAUACCGCACUGUAAUAAAAUAAAACGACCUGGAAUACUGUUUGAGUCCCAAUAAAACAUAUUAAUUUUAAACAGAUGGAAAUGUGAUGUUAAACAGUUAAAUCAGAUCUAGUAUUAUAACAGACUUGUUUUGUUGUAUUUUGUCAAGUACACUUUGUUAACAGCUCAUGACCAGAUCAGCGAACACCAGUCACCCGUGGCCUCCCUCUUGUGGCAAGUAAACAGAUGUUACAACUUGCACAAAAAAUAAAAUCAAAUAAAAUUGAGGAAUUGAGCAGUCUUCUCUGGUUGAUUAAAUAUAACGCAUAUUUCCCUCUUCGGCACGGUUCAGUGUGACAGGCAUUUCGGUUCAUUUCCAAUUUGACGCAAAGUAGGAAUGGUCUUCCUGCCUCUGUUUCUGACUUUUCCUCUGUCUUCAUGUUACACAGUCCCAAUCCACAUAGAGGUAUCCUUCCCAGGACUCGUCAUCCCCCGGCAUGUCACAUAUACACACACCUACGCACAGCAAACAGAGACAAACAUUAGCACAAGCACAUCGGACAGAAACUAGUCCUUUCACUUUGAAAUAAUGUAGCAACAUUUCCUACUCUCGCAGAGGUGGUCUGUGUGAGGGGCUAACGUCCGCCACUAGGAUUCACCAGUCCAUGGAAGUCUUCCCAUGCUCUGUGAACAAAGGAUGCAGCACAUCAUCAUUCAAAAUAAACACCACGUUCAGAUAUUCAGAACCUCUGCAUCAAUUUGAAAUAUGACACAUGACAGUUUAGCAUACAAGGUGGUGUUUUAAUUGUCUUUCUUCUAUGACAUGUACAACAACAA